AUGCUAAACCACGCCUCUUCAGUAACUCACGCAUCAACAUGGCGACGUGCGGAAGGAUGUGGCGAAGCAGGAGAAAUAUUUGUGCUAUUUCAAUGGUUAUUUUCCUCCAGCUGUUAGUCAGGAGCUGCCUGUCAGCUCCGGCAAAUAUCACGACGGCAGUGUCAAUCCAAGAGAAUCAGGGGAGGAAUGCAUCUCUAAAUCUUACUUUGUCCACUGUGAGCAAGGGAGCAGGUGACACAAAGCCUGCACUGAGUCCAGCAGAUUUGACAGACCUCAAGAACCCUGUAACACCUGCUGGCAACGACUCUACAACAACAGUAGCACAGGGUCCUAAAAACCUCACAACAGCCGUUCAGUCAAAAGCCCCUAAAGAGAAUGAGAACCAAACAGUGACCAUCAUUGGUGGCUCUGAUCUGCUGUCAGAAUCUGUCAGCAUUGACAAAACAACAGAUGACAAUAAAGAAGGCCUACACAACGUGCAAGCAAUAGAUGAUGAUGCUUCUCAAACCAUUUUAGCCACUUCUUCAGAAGCUCCCACUACCAAAGCCCCUGAACCAGCCCAGCCUUCAACGGCAGAAGCACCUCGCUCUGAUGCCAAAUUCUUCAACACACUGAACCUGUCCACAGAGCAGGACACUGAAGUAGACCUGCUGCAGACCGAUGACAAAGGACCAGCAACCCACAUCGAUCCGGAUGAUUACACAGAUGAAGACGACGACGGUACCUAUGCGGAUAGUGACGACAGUGACAACAUAUAUGAAAGCAAUGACGACGGCAAAGACCAGACUGUAAACAGACUCCAGAAGCCCGAUGGGACCCGAAACAUGGAAGCAAAGAGCUACAACACAGAGGAUGAGGACUCUCACUUCUUCUUUCAUCUGGUCAUCCUGGCUUUCCUGGUGGCAAUCGUUUACAUCACGUAUCACAACAAGAGGAAGAUCUUCCUCCUGGCUCAGAGCCGGCGCUGGAAGGACAGUCUCUGUUCCCGCAACACCGUGGAGUAUCACCGUCUGGACCAAAACGUCAACGAGGCCAUGCCGUCCCUCAAGAUGACCCGAGACUACAUCUUUUGAUCCGUGUUCAGAAGAACAAUAUGUCCAGACCUGCACAGAGCCGGUUGGCCUUCCUGCCUGGCCGGUCGCAUUGUCGAGAUGCUGUGCUUUGUGAUGGAGCUUGAUUGAUGCUUUCUCUUGCUUUAUAGACCAACCCGAGAGCAGGUGGUGUUAUGUCUUUGGGAUAGAACUAUGUUUGUUCAUGACUUUUGUUGUUGUCUGCAUAAAGAGAUUUUUACUGUUUAUCUAUUCUUCUUAUUUGUUAUACUGUUUUAAUGUUAUUUGUCAUUUGUUUCUAAAUUAAUUAUUUGGUUUAUUAGGGGUCUUAUAUCUCAGCCUUAUAGUCCCUCUACAUCGGUUUUUGUUUUGCAUCUUGCAUAUGGUCUUAAUAUGUUUUAUACUCACUUUAAAAAUAGGGAGAAUGAUCUGUUUAUGUAGGUUAUAAUUUAAUGCUUAAUUAUAACAGUUGAUUAUUUACCCCAAGAUUAAAAAUAGAUUUCUCUCUUAGCCAAGUUAUAAAUUGACACACAAAGCGUUUUGCUUUUCAAAGCACUUGUUGUUGUGUCAUGCAUAUAUUUUUAUUGUAAAGGAGUGUGUAAAAAGGAGCGAUCUAUGAGAAGCUGAUACAAAUAUAUGCAGUCAUUCCAAAAACUGUCCACACUCAUGUUGAAAUGGUCUGUUUGUCUGUAAGUAAAGUACUGUACACUGAAAAAAUUGAUUUAAAUACAUAGUCAAAAUAUUCCUUAGUCUUAGCUGUAAAAUUAAUCAGACCAUUUAUUUCUCUAACAAAGGAAUGAAUCACAUUUUCACUGAAAUUUAAACUGUUGUUAAAACAUAGGUAACAUCACCUAUUUUUCAAGACACCUUUGCAGAAAAUGCAUAAUAGCCUUUUCAUUUUGAUUUUACAUUAUGUUAGGGGUUUAAAAUCCUUAUUCCACGUUGGGAAAUUAAGCUGCAUAUUAAGCAUUAAAGGACCAGUGUGUAAGGUUUAGGGGUAUCUAUUGGCAGAAUAUGGUAGAAAUGGAAUAUAAUAAUCAUAAGUGUGUUUUCAUUAGUGUACAAUCACCUGAAAAUAAGAAUAGUGUUUUUGUUACCUUACCGAGUCCGCCAUGUUGCACCACCAUGUUUCUACAGUAGCCCAGAAUAGACAAACCAAAUGCUGGUUCUAGAUAUGGCCUUGCGUGUUUUUCGGGAAGUUUCAUAGCCACCAUAGUUUCUCCUACACGCUUGGAAGGGGAGUAAGAGGCGAGUGGUAUUCAGUUGGUUUCAAUCUGUAACCUAACCUCUAGAUGCCACUAAAUCCUACACACUGGUCCUGUAAGUUAAAGAGGGUGACUACUCUUCAGGUGAGGGGUCUAUUCAUGUGCUUAAGCCAUUUAAAUGAGGACAGAUAAUGUAUAUUGUUCAGGUUAGAACGCACUAAUCUAAUGUAUGGGAAAAGCUUUUAUUGCCUGAGUUUUUCCUUGUUCUUCAGUUCAUAUUUAACUUGUCUAAUAUGGUUGCACUUCUACUGCCCAGAUUUUGCUAUGCAGAAAUCCUGGGGCUGGCCCUCUUUGUUUUAUGACUUCGGUGAAGUCUCUAUCAAUCAUUUUUGGUCUUCACUGUGGCAAAAUGUAACGGCUGUGUUCCAUCAUGCUCACAAGGAACAUUUAUUUUUUUAGUUACCUCCUGUUAGAGUACAGUUUGGUGGACUGGUAUCUCUGUUCAUCUGAAAUUUUGCAAACUCUGUGUGGCCUGAUGUUCACGAGCACCAAACCCCCCACAAAAAUACCCCCAAACAAGAAUAGAUCACAUUGCUUUUUUUUUGUCACUCAUGACUCUUGACAGCCACAUGCUUCUCUGUCUGUUGCCACGUGAAUCCACAUAUUUGUUAUCAAUCUCUUCUUGCCUUGUGCCAGUUUUUUCAGCGGUCUUGUCCAUAUACAAGGUGUACAGUGGGUAGAUAUAAAAAAGCUAUUUGCACUGUCAUACUAGCUAGAACAUGAGGGGAGGAGGUUUCCUGCAUAAAGGUGAUGGAUCAACACUGCUCUUGCAAUCAACAGUAGAAACUGUACAAUCUCUUUUUUUGUCAAUAAAGCACAAAUUGUGUACAGUC